AUGUCGACAUUGUACAUACAGGUACGUCUCUGAAAUAGUCGUCUAACCCGUUUCUCUCUCUUUGCAGGCAGUCUCAGAGCGAGGUACUCUCCAAUAUUGUCCAGAUGGUCAGGGGAGGUUUGAGCAAAGAAGAGCAGCUUGUCCAUAUUAGCAGACACAGGUGUGGGUGUUUGAGGGUCCUCUGGGAAGAGCCCAUCAACCAGCCGUUUGUAAUUGUAGCGAGGUUUGGGGCAGCAGAAGCACGUCGCCAUAGUUAGAUCUAGUUCUGUGUCUUGAUUGAUAGUAGACCAAGCUGUAAACGUAACGUGAGAGCAGAGGUUUUUACAGUGGAGCUAGAGGCUGGCCAAAUGUGAAAUAAUUAUUAAACAACCACACCCUCUCACAACUAAAGGGAGUGGUCCACUGCAGGGAACUAGCCAAGCAAGUAAACAAACUCUGGCAAGUAAACAAACUAGAUGUACGUGUUGGAAUGGCCGCUAAAGAGCAAAAUCAAGAGCUCACAAUUGAUGAUCUGAAGACAGAAUUGAAACUGACUGAUGAGCAGCUCAAUACAGCAAUAAAGGAACCAGAUUUACCUGAGUUAGCAGCAUGUUUCGAUAACACUGAUGACUAUCUUGAAAAGCUGGAGCUGUCACCUGGACAGAAAACUGACGUAAGCGAAGUGAAGGCUAAAACACGUCUAAACCGCACUCAAGCCGGAAUGAAACUUGCCCUAGAAUACUGGCAGAACAAGAACCAACUACAAGCCACCUUCCAAGCUCUGCUACUCAUCAUACUCUCCCUGCUUAAAGGAGACGUUGCUGUUCAAGUGUGCAAGUACUUGUCUGACAAAUACUCCACCACCUCGUGUCCCCCCUCCCGAGAGAGGGUCCUGCUGAACCACAAGCUGUCCUCGUACAGGGACUACCUACAAAGUUGCUACAAAACACAAGUAUCCACAUCAGCCACACAAUGGCCUCCCGUCUCAACAAACAAAGUCUUUAAACUGGCCAUGAUUCAGAAGGAGAAAAUACAGAGAGGAAGAAUCGACGAUGAAUUUGUUAAACUAACAAUCACAGGAAAAAUUGACGAUAUUUUACUUAAAAAAACUCCCGUUAACUUGACUAACAUUUUCUCUGAGAUUGGAGAUAGAAGACACUUUGUGCUGAUUGAAGGAGCUCCCGGCUCUGGUAAGAGCACCCUUGCUCUACACAUCUGUCAGGAGUGGGCAAAGGGGAAACUGUUCCAAGAGUUUGAUAUUGCAAUCCUCGUGAGACUGAGAGAUCCCCUCGUUAGAGAAGCAAAGACAAUUGCUGACAUACUUCCCUGCACAAACAAAGCGAUGGCUAAUGAAACAGAGACUGCAACUAUGUCAUUGUAUGGCAAAGGUGUACUGUGGGUGCUGGACGGAUGGGACGAACUUCCUUCUGACCUCCCUAGAGACUCAAUCAUCAACAAACUAAUUCGACCAGACAUGUCACAAGAACGUCCGCUUCACAAAUCCACCCUGAUUGUAACAUCUCGACCGUCAUCUUCGGCUGAGCUCCACCCACUAGUCUCGUCCAGGGUGGAGGUGUUGGGGUUCAAUCCACAUGAACUAGAACAGUACUUUACCGAGUGUCUGGAAGGUGACUCACAAGCUGUGCAGACUCUACUGGAGAGAAUUCGAGAGAACCCAGCGGUAGAAGGUAGCUGCUACCUCCCCCUCAAUGCUUCCAUCAUCGUUAAUUGCUUCCUUUCUGAUAACCACUCACUCCCCACAUCCAACCACGAAAUAUUCACAUCAGUGGUCCAGAGCUCUCUCAAGAGAUACCUCCAGGAGAAGUUGAGGAACACCAUUCCAGUGGGAGACAUCACAUCCCCAGACUCACUGCCCUCGGAAAUCAGAACAGAGACUGUACAAAUGUGUCAACUUGCAUAUCAUGGGAUUGAACAAAAUAAAGCGACAUUUACUGAUGGUGAUUUGGCCGCUCUUCGCAUUACGAAGGACAUUUCAAACGUUGGAUUAUUACAAACUGUUCCCAGUAUCAUUAGCGAUGGUUAUUUGGUUUACUACUGCUUUCUCCACUUGUCUAUUCAAGAGCUGCUAGCAGCAAUCCACAUCUCUCUCAUGUCUCCCAAGCAACAAAUUUCUGUAUUCCAGAAGCUCUUCGGGAAUCCUCGAUUCAGUGCAGUCUUCCAGUUUUAUGCUGGUAUCACCAAACUGAAAACUAGUAGACCAAUCCUCAGCUUGCUACCUCGAUUGUUAUGUCCAGUUCCAGCCACUGUUUUUGAUCUGGUCAGAAAGAUUGUCAAAAGUGAGAAAGAGAAGAAGUAUGGUGAGCCGAAGCCCCUUUUGUUGUCCCUCAUCAAUUGUUUGUACGAAGCUGAAGACUCGUCACUGUGUGUGUUUGUGGCUAAUCUUCUUAAUCACAAUCUAGAUCUUGAUCACACUACAAUGAAUCCUAUUGACUGCCUCUCUGUUGGAUAUUUCGCAUCAGUUUGUUCCAAUAGCAGUAAUGGAUUCAGACUUAGCCUCAGCAAUUGCUCUAUUGGUGACCAAGGCUGCAAAUUUCUGGCCCGAGGACUCUCCAAGUGUCCCAACUGUAAUAAUGAUAUUCCUACAGAAGGGAUACACAUCGCUGAGAUUAUCGAGAACACUAGUUCAAUAUCUAAAUUGGUUUUGUCUAAUAAUGCCAUUGGCAACAGUGGACUUAGCACACUCUGUGAGGCCUUGUCAACUAACACAUCAUUAAAGAGCCUGGACCUGUACAGUUGCUCACUAACAAUAUCAGACGACAAUGGAGCUGCCCUCUAUCAACUUCUGAAUACAAAUAAUUCCCUCGAACAUCUUAAUUUGUCUAUUAACACAGUGACUAGCUGUCGUCACAUUGCUGCUGGACUUGCAGUUAAUAAGACUCUGAGAACAUUGAUCUUGGGUUCCUGUAAACUGACUGAUCAGAGUAUCGAGGAGCUAUCAACUGGACUGAUCAACAAGAUUGAAACACUAUACAUUUAUGGUAAUGACUCAAUAACAGAAGAUGGAAUGAAGACGCUUGCCAGACAUCUAACCACCCACUGCUCUGAACUGACACGAUUGUUGAUACCCUAUCACCUACCAUCCUGUAUCGAGACAGUAUUCAGGGACGCUAACAAAGAGAGGAAGAGAAAUGGACUACCCGAGAUUGAUGUGCAAAACAAAUGGAUUAAUAUGCGUAAUUAUUUUUAGAUUAAUUAUUAAUUAUUAAUUGAGAUUGAUCGUUAUCAAUGACAAUUUUAAUUAAUUACAACUUGUCAAUACCGUAUAGCGCGAAAUUUUCGAGGGGCUUAAUUUUCGUGGGUUAGCAAUCCUACACGAAAAUUAAGUCCACGAAAAUCGUUCUUUACCUGCUAUAACAUGCAAGAUUUAAAGGCGUGGCUUCCGGUAAGCAGUCAUUCUGCGAACAUUGUGCAACGAAAUGGCUUUUAGAGGCCAAUCCACGAAAUAUAAGUGCCUCGAAAAUUUCGCGCUAUA